AUGUUGCUAAAUUAGUUAACGUUGUUUUGUACUUUGUUUGGAAACCUUGCUCUAAAAUUUUUGUUAUAGCGUUUAGUACAAAAUUUCAAAGCAAAGUAUAAUUAAACAAAACGUGAAUCGAGAAGUUCGCGGUAACUUUUUCGCCUGACCAAGGCAUCAUAAUUUUUGUUUUCUCAACUUUAAUUUAAUUUAUAGCGUAGGUGGCGCCGCCUAGAGGAUGUUACCGCAAGCGAAACGCGCGCUUUUCAAGUUAAUCCGAGAUUUCCAGUUUGAUUUCCGUGCUGUAAAAUCCCGGAGGAAGUCAUAAUUGUCUGCUGACCGUGCUUCACAUUGAUGGGGGCGUGAGGUUAACUGACUGAGCGCGAAUAUUCUGCCUAACCUUGUUUUAUUGGUCAGUUCUAUUGCGUCAUUCAUUCAACGGUACGAUGCUGAUGUUUCAUCACGCUACCAGAACUGUAGUCACAAUAAAGCUAAAAAGAACGAAUGAAUGAAUCUGCUGAUGCAUAUUUCUUACAGAAAAAGAAAAUGUUUAUCUGUUAAUGCUCAACUACUGGAUUGUCUUGGUGUCUUUUAAAAUAUUCGUACAAGGGGAACGUAGUUUUAAAUACACUGGCGGUGCCAAAAACUAGACAGCCGGCAAUAAAGCUUACAGGUGUCUGAAAUAGGUGCCUUAACAUGUUGAAACGGACGAUAAUCAUGAUUAAAGAAGUCCUUGGCUGCGUGUUUUAGCGCAUCUUUUCACAUACCGCAAUCCAUAAAACCAUUUAACUCGAGUGCUAGAAAUAUAAGUAUUCGCAAAUCACAUUUUGGAAAAACGUGUGGAUUACAUCGUCUUGCUUACAAACCUUAUUAAAAUGUUUUCCGACAGAGGAAAGAUACAUACGAAAACAUAUACUCGUAUUUGUUAAGUGUGCCAACACCGUCGUGUACGAGAUUCCCCUAUCUUGCGGAAAAGUAUACAUCGGCCAGACGGGGCGAUGCAUCAAUAACCUACUCAGGGAGCACGCAAGUGCGUAGGCGAAACAUCGAUUGCUCUGUACAAUGCAGAAACGAAAUUCCUUUCGCGCCUGGUGUAAUCACUUCCUUUUUCUUGGUUUCCAUAUUCCUUGUAACGGUGCGCCUGCGCAGCUUGUGGAUAUAUAUACCUGUGAGUCUGGCUUCAAUAAAAUCACUUGUCAUUUUGUGCCUGUGUUCGUCUUCCUUACUGUUGUGCUGUGCCGUUGCGCGCUAUUUCAAGAUGGUUAUCAGAAAAGAUACACUUCCAAAAAGGUCGUGAUACCAUGUUCAGCUGCUGGACCGUUCCUUCAAAAGUUUACAUUGUACAGAAACUACGCUGGAAGUUCCUUUGUCAUUACGCCGAUUUCAGACACGUCAUAGCAUGCCACGCAACUUUACAGCGCUGUUCUCCCGUCGGUUCCGCGGCGCUGUACAGCAUACCUGCGCGCUUUGCCGCAGUGUAUAGGGACACCUUGCUACGGCGAUCUCUCGCCACCGUCGACCGGAAAUAUCGUCUCGUAUGCCAUCGCUCGCGUUUCCCCCUCGCACUUUUACAGGACCGCACUCAGUCAAAGCGUCCCGAAUGCAGAGAACGUCCAAUCGGCGAUGAAAGCCCUGUCUUAGCUCUGCGCUGGUCGGCCGCCGACUUCGUAGCAAAACGCGAGUUUGUCCCUUUUUUUGCCUGUGCUGCUUCUCGGCCUUCAAGCCCCUUCAACGCUAGUGGCCAUCUCGGGCGGACUAUGUCGCUGUGCUUGUCGCUGGGCUGGGUGUUGCUGCAAGCCGCCAUCUUGGUGUUGGCAGCGAACCUCAAGUGCGGAUACUGGACGUGUCCCGAGGCCAAGCCUGGCGUGCUGAACUUCCACGUGGUCCCUUACUGGCGGCUGGAGGCGUCGGACACGUUCGAGAACCUGUACGAGAACUGGGCCAAGCCCACCCUGUCCGCCGUCGUGGACGAGCUCUCUCCAAACUCACCGCGGCGCUUCUCUUUCGACCAGGUGGCGUUCGUGGCCCGAUGGUGGGACGAGCAGAACGUCAGCUCCAGAACUCGGAUGCGCCGCCUGGUGGACUCUGGCCGCCUGGAACCCCUGGGCGGCGGCUGGGUGCAACCGGACGAAGCGAGCUGCCACUAUUCGGCGCUGGUCGACCAGCUCACGCUGGGCAUGCGCUGGCUGCAGGAGAACCUGGGCGACUGCGGCCGCCCACGCGCCGCCUGGCAAGUGGACACGUGGGGACACUCGGUCGAGCUCGCGUCGCUGCUGUCGCAGGCCGGGCUGCACGGCCUGUUCCUGAGUCGCCUUCCGCAAAACCAGGCGUCUCACUUCGUCUGGAAGGCCGACGCCAGUCUGGGAGAGGCCGGUGAAAUCUUCACGGCGGCAGCGCGUCUUGGCUGGCCCGAGGGCUACUGCUUCGACGCUGAUUGCCCGAAGGACAAGCUCACGGUGGCGAAUGCCGUCGGAAGAGCGGAACAUUUUAUCAAGGUUGUGGCGUCAAAGGCAAGAAGCGAUUCUUUUUCUAUUUCACAAAAGCAAUGA